AUGGACCAGUUUGUUAGACUUAAAUAUUUGAGUGUUCUGUAUUUAUCCUCAAACAAUUUAACCUUGCUUUCCCUAACCAGUCCCAAUACCACCACUAGUCUUCCAAUGUUUAGUGAGCUGGGGUUGGGUUCGUGUAAUCUUAGACAGUUCCCAAACUUCUUAACUCACCAGAACCAACUGGUGUAUCUAGACCUUUCUCAAAAUGAUAUACAUGGUGAGAUGCCCAAAUGGAUAUGGGAAAUGAGCUUCGAUACUCUAUUUCUAUUGGACCUUUAUUUUAACUCUCUAACGGGAUUUCAUCAAUCUCCCACCCUUCUCCCUUGGUCUAAUAUACUCUUUUUGGACCUCAGCUCCAACCUGUUUCAAGGCUCUCCCCCAAUUCCAUCCUCUUCCAUUAUGGUUUAUUUGGCCUCCAACAACUCAUUCACGGGAGAAAUCCCACAGUUAUUUUGCAGCUUGAGCUCUGUUCGAGUUUUGGAUUUAUCUCGAAAUAACUUAGGUGGCAUCAUUCCCCAAUGUUUGAGCAAAGCUAGCAAAUCCUUGUCAGUGCUAAAUUUGAAUGUCAAUAACUUUCACGGCCCUGUUCCUCAAGCCUGGUUGAAUGGAAACAAAUUGAAGAUGAUUAAUUUAGGUAACAAUAAGCUGACAGGGAAGUUGCCAAUAUCAAUGGCAAGGUGUAGAAUGCUGGAGUUUUUUGACAUAGGGAACAACCAAAUCAGAGAUACUUACCCUUUUUGGUUGGCAAGUCUUUCUAAACUGAAGAUUCUCAUAUUACGUUCCAACAGGUUUCAUGGUGAAAUAAAGAGCAGAGAGUUCAAUUCUGUGUUUCCUAAAUUGCGUGUUAUCGACAUCUCCAACAAUGGAUUCAUCGGCUUUUUGCCAUCGUCUUACUUGGAGAGCUGGAUUGCCAUGAAAAGUUUUCAUGUGGAGCACUUGUCAUACAUGCAAUCCAGUUUUUACUAUCACAUGUUUAUGGCUGGGCUAACCAUCCCAGAUGAGUACAAUUACUCAAUGACAUUGACAAACAAAGGUAUAAAAAUGGAAUAUACAAAGAUCUUGGAAGUGUUCAUGGCUGUUGAUCUCUCAUGCAACAAAUUCAGUGGAGAAAUUCCAGAAUCCAUUGGAAAUCUCAAAGGGCUUGAAUUGUUGAAUCUAUCGAACAACAUUUUGGUAGGCCAAAUUCCAACAGUUAUCGGAACUCUGACAAACCUGGAGGCUUUGGAUCUUUCCCAUAACCAGCUAUUUGGAAGAAUUCCAUGGAAACUGAGGCAACUCAACUUCCUGGAAGUUUUUGACGUGUCUUACAAUCAUCUCAGUGGGCCAAUUCCACAAGGCAGACAAUUCGGUACAUUUCCAAACAGUUCAUUUGAUGGGAAUCUGGGGUUGUGCGGAAAUCCAUUGUCCAAAAAAUGUGAGGAUUUGGAAGCCUCGCCACCCCCAUCUUCUUCAACCUUUGAACAAAAUCAUGGCGUAGGAUUGGAAUGGAGAGGGGUUUUGCUUGGUUUCGGAAUAGGCUUCCUUGUUGGAACGGGUUUGGGAUGGGUUGUAGUUACUAGGAACCUUAAAUGGUUUGCGAUCACUUUUAGAAUCAAGGUGGGAAGGUGGCCCAAACAUUGUAUCCUCUUUAAAUAA